GAUGGGUAAGUCAGCAUUAGCUAAACAAUCGUCAUGUCGCGCACAUUACUAGUUCUACUCCUUUCGUGUCUGCUACUGGCUUUGACCAAUGGUCUUCGCAUUCGUUAUGAUAAUCAUCGUGUCUAUCAAGUGACUGCUAAGAUUGCCAAACAAUUGAACGUGCUUAAGAAUUUAGAUGGAAUUAGUGACAAAUUAAUUUUCCUCGAUGAAGUUCAUACAACUGGACGUCCAUUGAGUGUUAUUGUGGCACCAACAAUGUUGUACAAAUUCCUACAAACUCUGGACGAAAGCGAAAUCGAAUACAAAUUAGUUGAAGAGAAUGCUCAGAGUAAGCUGGAAUCUGACGAAGAAGUUACAAAACCUUUGAAGCGUGUAAUGGAAUACAAUUGGGAGCAGUAUCAUGAGUUGAAUGAAACUUAUGGAUGGUUGGAGAGUUUGGUGGAGAGAUUCCCAGAGCAGGUUACAUUGGUUGAAGCUGGUCAAACUUAUGAAGGACGCAAGAUUAUGGGUAUCAAGAUCUCCUAUAAAGAGGGUAACAAGGGUAUCUUUCUCGAGGGUGGUAUGCAUGCUCGUGAAUGGAUCGGACCAGCUACUGUGACUUAUAUGACCAACCAACUUUUGACUAGCACUGAUCCAGAGGUGAGAUCAAUUGCAGAGAACUUUGACUGGUAUAUUGUUCCUCAUGCUAACCCCGAUGGUUAUGUGUACUCUCACACCACAGAUCGUGUCUGGAGAAAGACUCGUACCCCAUAUGGCAAGUGUUUUGGAGCUGAUCCCAAUAGGAACUGGGACUUUUAUUGGAACACUGUUGGUUCUAGCGACAAUCCUUGCUCUGAUACGUAUGCCGGACCAAAAGCUUUCUCCGAAAUCGAGACUAAAUCGUUUUCCGAAUACAUCGCUUCGGUUAAGGAAAAUCUCAUGCUGUACAUUUCAUACCACUCCUACUCACAGCUUCUCCUUUUUCCCUAUGGACACACUGAUGAACUUCCCAGUAAUUAUGAUGAUUUGAAGAGGGUCUACGAUGUGGCAGUUAAAGCAAUUGGUAGACGUUAUGGAACAAAAUACACUGGAGGUAAUAUUUAUGAUGCCAUCUAUCCAGCUUCGGGUGCCAGUUUGGAUUGGGCUUAUGGAACUUUGGGAGUUAAAUAUAGUUAUUGCUAUGAACUCAGGCCAUCGAGUACUAAUUUGUGGUAUGGCUUUAGGCUACCAGCUAAACAGAUUAUUCCAACGGCAGAAGAGACAUUGGAUUCCUUGGUAGCAAUGGUUAAGGAAGUAGCUGUUAGUAAUUAAUUUAUUAGAUUUAAGUGAUAGUUAAGUUAGUUUAAGUAAGAAAUAACAUGAAU